AAAAUCCAAACAAGAAAAAGAAGCAGAAGAGGAGGAGGAAGUAGCGGCAGCAGCAGCAAUAGUGAUUUUCUGCUGUCUUCACAGAUGUAGCGAACGAGCUGCUUACAGUGGAUUUAAAGUCUAUUAACAAAGCUCUUAGGAGCUCAUCACCAUCAGGAAAGCUGUAUAAGCACCGGGUUGACGUGGCUGAAGGAAGUGGCGCAUCUUACGGGGAGCUGCCUGUUGACAUCACCAUGAGUUACAAGCCCAUUGCGCCUGCACCAUCUGGCUCAAACCAUACCCCUCCAGGCUCUAGUGUCCCCUCUCCUUCUCUUCCGUCCUCUUCCAACUUCAGACCUGCAUUCAGUGACUUUGGCCCACCUUCCAUGGGGUUUGUGCAGCCUGUCAAAGUGUCUCAAGGGUCAACCUACAGUGAACUUCUCUCAGUCAUUGAGGAGAUGAGCCGUGAAAUCAGGCCUACAUAUGCUGGAAGCAAGAGCGCUAUGGAGAGGCUAAAGAGAGGUAUCAUCCAUGCCCGUGCCCUGGUCAGAGAGUGUCUUGCAGAAACGGAGAGAAGUGCACGCACAUAAUCUUUGAAAAGGUCCCAUUAUCUGUCUUGUUUUUGUUUUGUUUUUUAGCCUGUCCUUUAGACUCUAUUUUUAGUCCUUUUGUUGCAGUCCUCAAUAUUAUUCACCAGUUCUACAGGCUUCUUAUUGUUUUAUAGGGUAAAUUUUGCCAUCUUCACUGUUUCCAUAUCCCGUUACUUGCAUUGUGUUAACCAACAAACAUUCUGUGCAGUUCUGUUGAAUGUGAGGGAACUUUAGUUGAAGCAAUUAUGUUGAUAAAUUGUAUUGAGCACCGGUGUGAUGUCACUUAUCUAUAACAAUGCUCAAAUUGGUUCUGUACUAUCUUGUUCAGAAUUACCAUUUUGUGUUUUGAAGACCAGUCUGAGUACAAAGUGUGGACUUUCCUCACCUUUGUGUCCAGUGUUGAUGGAAUAAACAAAUGAGGUGAAAUGUUUAUAUAUA